UUCACAAUCAAAAAUUACUGCUUUUUUAUCUAAAGUAUCUAUUCCAACAACUAUUAAGAAAUUAACUACAAAUAAAUUAGUUAAUUUUGUAUAUAAAGAUUUACAUUCUUUUGAAAUUAUUGAAGAUGAAAGAUUUAGAGAUUUUUUCCAGAAAAUGAUUAAUAUUGGUACUAAAUUUGGCCAAAUUCAAAUUGAUAAUUUAUUUUUAUAUCCAACAACUAUAUCUAGAAAUAUUAUAAAAAGUGCUAAAAAAACUAAAUAG